AUGCUUUCGUACUCAAAUUACUGUACGUCUUAUUCAGCAGAUAAUUUCAGAAUAUUUCAAUCUGGAAAUGCCUGUAUAUGUUAAAAUGAAUACUAUGAAAAUUCUCAAAGCUUAGCAUAUAAUUAAUGCGAUAUUUCAUGUCCUACUUGCUCAUCGAUAGCCACCUAUUGCACAUCAUGUGAUUCUUUACUUAAUCUUAGCUUAAAUUAACAAAAUGUGUGUUUAUGUUAAUCUAUCAAUUUUUUAGUGUAACCUCAAAAUAAUGCCAGGGUAUCAAACAUAAUAACACAUUUCUUUUCUAGCUUUGUCGGGAAUAUAAAGGAGUGGCAUAUUAAUGUAUUGAAUGUGGCAAGAUAAAAAGAUAUUUUGAUCCAGAUAACUUAAAAUGUCCAUGUAUAGAUGGAUACUAUGAAACUAAUUCAAAAUAGUGAUCGUUAAAUAAAAUUUACAUCAUAGUAUGUGAUCUGA